UUACUUCAACUUUCGACCUGCAAAAAUUUGCACAAUGGCCAAGUCACAUGUAGUUGGCAAAAGCCCUUCCAUGGUUUCCAUAAUGCUGCUUUGUGGUCUGCUAAUGGCUACCCUUGCCACAACAGAAGCAAUUGGUGUUUGUUAUGGAACACUUGGAGACAACUUACCUCCACCAAGAGAAGUAAUAGCUCUCUACAACCAAUACAACAUCCAAAGAAUGAGGCUCUAUGCUCCUAACUUUGACGCACUCGAAGCCCUCCAAGGCUCCCCAAUUGAGCUCAUUCUAGGUGUAGAAAAUGAGCGCCUUGAAGACAUUUCUUCUAGCCAAGCCAGUGCAGAUGAUUGGGUCCAAAAGAAUGUCCAAAGCUAUAGCAAUGUCAAUUUCAAAUACAUUGCGGUUGGAAAUGAAGUAAAAGCCUCACAAGCACCCUUUGUUGGCCCAGCAAUGGACAAAAUUCAAAAUGCAAUUUCUAAGGCUGGUCUUGCAAACAAAAUCAAAGUCUCCACUGCGGUUCACCCUGUAAUUCUUGAAAAAUCCUACCCUCCAUCAGAGGGCUCAUUUCGGCAGGACUAUCGUCCAUUUCUGGAUCCGAUCAUCAGCUUCUUAGUGCAAAACAAAUCUCCGUUACUCUUUAACAUGUACCCGUAUUUCAGUUACAUUGACGAUCGCAACGAUAUUAAACUUGAGUAUGCUCUUUUUACAUCUCCCUCAGUUGUAGUGAAUGAUGGGCAGCUAGGGUAUCAAAACCUGUUUGAUGCACUCUUGGAUGCGGCUUACUCAGCAUUAGGGAAGGCUGGAGGCGGUUCUUUGGAAAUCGUCGUAUCAGAGACUGGUUGGCCCUCGGCUGGCGGGGAUGGGGCAGUGACAACGAAGGAGAAUGCGAGAAUUUACAACUCAAAUUUGAUCAAGCACGUGAAGGGAGGGACGCCAAAGAGACCUGGAGUCCCCUUAGAGACUUAUAUGUUUGCCAUGUUUAAUGAGAAUAAGAAACCUGGAGAAGAGACUGAGAGACACUGGGGGCUGUUCUUUCCAAACAAACAGCCUGUUUAUCACAUUGAUUUCAACUAAGGGCGGAAACUCUAGUGUUCUAAGGUUACUCGUAACCCUAAAUAAAAGCUAAGUGUCUUAUGAUGUAUGGGCAAGUUUUUUAUUUAUUUAUGAAAUCUAAGGCAAAAGCCAAAUGUCUUGUGAUGUAUACAGAAUUGUCGCUAA